AUGAAGACAAGAAAUCACAGUAGUGUUUCUGAGUUUCUCCUUCUGGGCCUCUCUGAACAUCAGGAGCAGCAACCUCUUCUCUUUGGCAUCUUCUUGGUCAUAUACCUGGUCACCGCGGCAGGGAAUAUGCUCAUCAUCCUGGCAAUUGGCUCUGACCCACACCUCCACAGUCCCAUGUACUUCUUCCUGGCCAACCUGUCCCUCACUGACCUAUGUUUAUCAUCUACCACCGUCCCCAGGAUGCUCGUGAACAUCCAAGCUCACAGGCACACCAUCCCCUAUGCUGGUUGCCUGUCUCAGAUCUAUUUCUUCCUGUGGUUCAUCGGACAAGAUGUUUUCCUCCUGGCAGUGAUGGCUUACGACAGGCUUGUGGCCAUAUGCUAUCCCCUUCGCUACACCUUGGUCAUCAGUCCCAGAUGCUGCAUCCUGCUGGUGGCCAUAUCCCUAUUCCUUGCCCAUUCAUACGCUCUAACCCAUGCCAUUCUCCUGGCUCGGUUAUCCUUCUGCAUUGACAACGUCAUUCCCCAUUUCUUUUGUGAACUGCUUCCCCUGUUGAAGCUCUCUUGUUCCAAUGCUUAUGCCAACCAGUGUGUGCUGCUCUACUGGGGAGGGGCAUUAACUGUCCUGAUUCCUUCGCUAAUCGUUGUUUCCUAUGUCCGCAUUGUGGCCGCCAUUGUGAGAAUCCCAUCGGCGAGUGGAAAGUGGAAGACCUUCUCCACCUGUGGGUCCCAUCUCUCAGCGGUCUGCCUGUUCUAUGUGUCUGCUAUUGGAGUGUAUUUCAUUCCAUCUGCCGCUGAUUCGGCCACCAAGGACAGGAUUGCAGCAGUGAUGUACGCUGUGGUGACGCCCAUGCUGAACCCAUUCAUCUAUAGCCUGAGAAACAAAGACAUGAUGAGCGCCUUGAGAAGAUUCCUGAGCAGAUGUGCACUGUAA